CUAAAUUUAAAAAUAAAAACAAGCUUGAAUCGAAAGAGAAAGUUAUAAAGGCAAACAUCUCGCUACGUAUGAGCAGUAUGGCCUGUCGAAAGAUUACUUUAGCUGUUUGUUCGUUGAACCAGUGGGCUUUGGACUUUGAAGGGAAUUUAAAACGAAUUCUGCAAAGCAUUAGCGAAGCAAAGACAAAAGGUGCUUGCUACAGACUUGGACCUGAGUUGGAAGUUUCAGGCUAUGGAUGUGAAGACCAUUUUCUUGAAGAUGACACAUUUCUUCACUCCUUUCAAGUUUUGGCAUGCAUUUUAAAAUCACCGGUUGCCCAGGAUAUUGUUUGCGACAUAGGAAUGCCAAUACAACACAAAAGUGUUCGGUACAAUUGCAGGGUCAUCUUCUAUAAUCGAAAGAUUUUGCUGAUCAGACCCAAAAUGGUCAUGGCAAAUGAUGGGAAUUACAGGGAACUGAGGUGGUUUUCGCAGUGGCAAAAGACCAGACAAACAGAAGAAUUCAUGUUGCCCAAGGUAAUCACGGACAUUACAGGACAAACGACAGUUCCAUUUGGCGAUGCAGUGAUCUCGACAAGCGACACGACAUUUGGAACAGAGAUGUGCGAGGAGAUGUUCACCUCCAACGCUCCCAGCAUACACAUGGGCCUGGAUGGUGUUGAAAUAUUCACGAAUUCAAGUGGUAGUUAUCAUGAACUUCGAAAGCUUCAAAGGAAAAUUGACCUGAUAAAAAAUGCAACAAAAAAGUCAGGUGGUGUGUAUAUGUAUGCAAACGUGAGAGGAUGUGAUGGUGGCCGUGUGUACUUCGAUGGAUGUUCACUGAUUGCUGUAAACGGAGAAAUUGUGGCACAAGGCAAGAACUUCUCGCUGCAAGAUGUAGAGGUGGUUACUGCUACUGUUGAUCUAAAUGAUGUCACAACAUACAGAGGUGGUGCUAAUUGCCUACAGCAACUGGGAUCAAAGUCCGACAACAAAUACCCCAGAAUAUUUUUAGAUCAGUACUUUUGUAGUGACAACCCGCUUCUACCGGCAAAUAAGCCUGUGGCUUUGGACGAUAUGACGCCGGAGGAGGAGAUCAGCCUUGGUCCUGCAUGCUGGUUGUGGGACUAUCUUAGACGAAGCGGGAUGUCAGGAUUCUUUCUACCUCUGAGUGGAGGCAUAGACAGUUCAUCUGUGGCAUGUCUCGUCGCUUCCAUGUCUCAUCUCGUCUGUAGAGCGGUCAAAAGCGGAGAUAAGCAGGUCUUGGAGGAUGUCAGGAGGAUAGUAGGGGAUAGAGAAUACAUCCCAGUGGACCCCAAGGAACUCGCCAAUCGUAUCUUUGUCACGUGUUAUAUGGGAAGUGAAAAUUCAUCUGAGGAGACUCGUUCACGUGCGAAAAAUUUGGCACACGAUGUGGGUAGCUAUCACAUGGACAUCAAGAUUGACACAAUAGUGAGUGCGUUUCUUGCCGUGUUUACAACAAUCACAGGCAAGCUUCCUCAGUUUAAAGCAAACGGCGGCACAGACAGAGAGAACCUCGCACUACAAAAUAUCCAAGCUCGAAUCAGAAUGGUCUUGGCUUACCUGUUUGCUCAUCUAAUCAUGUGGGUGCGUGGAAAAAAUGCUGGACUUCUGGUACUUGGUUCCGCAAAUACCGACGAAAGUCUUCGUGGGUAUAUGACAAAAUACGAUUGCUCCAGUGCGGAUAUAAAUCCAAUCGGUGGUAUCAGUAAGAGGGACCUCAAGUCAUUCGUAUUUUAUUGUGUUGAGAAAUUUAACUUUAGUUCCCUCAUCACCAUCAUGGGUGCAGAACCAACGGCAGAGUUGGAACCUUUAAGAAACGGCGUCACACAACAAACAGAUGAGGAGGAUAUGGGUAUGACUUACGACGAGCUCUCAAUAUUUGGACGUCUUCGCAAGGUCGAAGCCUGCGGACCGUUUCGUAUGUUCUGCAAAUUAUGCGACCUUUGGCGAGAUACCCACCCACCCUCGCUCAUUGCCCACAAGGUAAAGCAUUUCUUCAGGUGCUAUGCUAUUAACAGGCACAAAAUGACAGUGCUUACUCCGUCAUACCAUGCUGAGUCCUAUUCUCCCGAUGACAACAGGUUCGACCUUCGACCUUUCUUGUACAAUGUCAAAUGGAAUUGGCAGUUCCGAUUUAUCGACGAGCAGGUCCGACGAGUCGACGAACAGCAGCGAUUGCCGGUGCAUCACUUUGAGGGAUCAGAGCGUAUGUCUGGAAACGAGAAUACAGGGGUUGACCAAAACUCUACUGGAACCAAUGGCAUCGAAGGGGUUCUUGAGACAAAUUUAGAGAUAAAAACCGAGGGAAAUGGUUCGUGUUAUUAUUCCUGCGAAGAACCGGUCAAUGUGAAUAACGAAAAGCACGAUGCGGGGCAGACGCCUCUGCCCGAGAAUGGCGUCAGCGUGAGCAUAAAUCCGCUCGUCCAAUUCGGUACGAAGCGCAAGUUGAUGGAAAGAGAAUUUACUUCUUCGAAAAUAAGAGCAGUAAGCCUUGCACCAUCGGGCACGCAAUUUUGUAGCAAAAAAUAGUGGUAAUUAGUAUAGAUGAUAACAUGGUUAGACAAUCGAGUGCAAUAUGGAUAUGACCAGGGCGCAUAUGACAUACACGAGUGAGUUUUUCAAAGACCUCUAAAUAUUUGUAUCCAAAUUUCACGAGAAACCAUGCUAUUACUUAUUAAUAAUAUAUAUAUAUAUAAUUUGAUUGGUUCACAGUGAUCACAGAAAAUUGCACUGUGAUUACAGAUUUUGCACUGUUGUUUAGGAUUAACUGCACUGAAAUCAACCAAUCACAGUCAAGUAAUACUUUUAUAUAUAUCAUUACUAACGGAAAUAGUGGUAGUUACUAGCACAUCGUUGAUACACAAUUUUUUUAUACCUCACAAGAUGGUUAGCUACUAUUAUUGUACGAGAUGAGAAGAGUACAUGACUAUCUUUAUAUUUAUUACUAUAUUUAUGCAUCGCUACUAUCAUCAUAAAUUACCUUUCGUCUUCAAUGACCUAUUUAUUCCAGUAAACAAAGUACAUAGCUACAACACUAGAUUAGCAUCUAAGCAAACAUAUUCUUUACCAAAAACCAGAACUAAUUUCGGAAUUUUUAAUAUAAGAUAUCAAGGACCUAAAAUAUGGAACUCUCUGCCUGAAAGUGAGAAAAAGUUGUCAGCGUCUCAGUUAAAAAUCUGUUUAAAACUUCGCUUUAUUGAGUCGUAUUAGGUCAAUUCUUCAUAUUGUUUUAUCUAAAAUGUGAUUGAAUUGUGUUUUUUAAAUUGUGUUUCUUGCUUUUGUCUUUUGAUGUGUGUUGGUUUUUUGGUUUGUUUUUUUUUUCUUUUUUCUGACACGUUUGUCUUGUUUUGAAAUUUUUGCCGACUGAUUAAAUAUCGGAAAUCUUCACUAUGCUGUCUAUGGACGUUAUUUGCCCAAUCCAGUUAGCCCUUAUGGUUAUUUUGGGCGGAUAAUACCCACAUCUAUUAUUAAUAUUAACAAUGUAAAUAAUUUUAAUGAUUUAUAAUGGGUGAAUAAAUUCUU